CGCUUAAGGCGGCGUUCCGCGCUAUGGGGUCUUGGCGGCGUUUGCUCGUUUUUGGUGGGAUGUUGCUGCGGGGUGGCGGUGGGACCAGUGUUUCACUUGGGGGAAGCCGAGUGUUGGUUUGUCGGCGCCAGUUAUCUGGCGCUGACAGUGAGACCCUAAAACAAAGAAGAACACAAAUCCUGUCCCGAGGACUUCCAAAGCAGAAACCAAUAAGAGGUGUAAAGCAAGUUAUAGUUGUGGCUUCUGGAAAAGGUGGAGUUGGAAAAUCUACUACAGCAGUGAACCUUGCACUUGCACUAGCAGCAAAUGAUUCGUCAAAGGCCAUUGGUUUACUAGAUGUGGACGUAUAUGGCCCUUCAAUUCCAAAGAUGAUGAAUCUGAAAGGAAAUCCAGAAUUAUCACAAAACAACCUAAUGAGGCCUCUUUUGAAUUAUGGUAUUGCUUGUAUGUCUAUGGGCUUCCUGGUUGUAGAGACUGCACCAAUUGUUUGGAGAGGCCUUAUGGUAAUGUCAGCUAUUGAGAAACUAUUGAGGCAGGUAGAUUGGGGUCAACUGGACUAUUUAGUUAUUGACAUGCCACCCGGAACUGGAGACGUACAGUUAUCAAUCUCACAGAAUAUUCCCAUUUCAGGUGCUGUGAUUGUCUCCACGCCCCAGGACAUUGCACUGAUGGAUGCACACAAGGGUGCUGAGAUGUUUCGAAAAGUCCAUGUGCCUGUUCUGGGCCUUGUCCAAAAUAUGAGUGUUUUCCAGUGUCCAAAAUGUAAACAUAGAACUCAUAUUUUUGGUGCUGAUGGUGCCAGAAGACUAGCACGGACCCUUGGUCUUGAUGUUCUAGGAGACAUUCCCUUGCAUCUUAAUAUAAGGGAAACUUCAGAUACAGGCCAGCCGAUUGUGUUUUCACAGCCUGAAAGUGAUGAGGCCAAAGCUUACCUGAGGAUUGCUGCAGAAGUAGUAAAAAGAUUGCCCCCGCCUCUAGAGUGAAAUCCCCAAGUGUUCUGGAAAUUUGCCUGGUGUUCCGGAAAUUUACCUGGUGCUUAACAAUAAGAAGACCUUUGGAAAUCAGCAAGUGGAGGUGAAACCUACAGGAAUAAUAGAAUCAUGGUUACUUUCUUUUAUUUCCAAGGAAAUAAUGUCUUAUUUUCAGAUUUGAUUUGCUAAGCAAUGACUCACAAAUAAAAUUUUUAUAUAUCAGUGUUAACUGCUACAUUUAGGAUUUUUUUUUUGAGUCUUGAUGUGUACCAAUUGCACAGAACUGUAUUUUAUUUUAAUGAACUACCCCUGGGGGAAUCAUGAGUUCAUAUUAUAAGCCCAACCUUCAAUUCAGGAAAGAACUAUGCUCUUUUUGUGGGACUACAGUUAGUCAUUUAAAGGAUUUACUAACUGUGUACUGAUACAAUGUGAUGACUCUCCAUCAGUCAGUUUAGUCUGAGUUUCAAUCUUGUCUUGGACUAUCGUGGACACAUUCUUAACAUAAAUUAACCUCUGCUUCAUCUGGACCAGGCUCUACCCUAGACUUACUGAAUAUUAUCUGUAGGGGUGGGGCCUGGACAUGUGUAUUUUUAACAAGAUCAUAAUGAUUUUAAUGAUUCUGAUUAUGAUGGCAAUAGUUAUAAUAGGUAAUAUUUAUCAAGUGUUUUCUUGUGUCCUUAUAGUUAAUCUUCCAUUCGUAUGAGUGGGGUACUGUUGUUACCUCCAUUUUAUAUGAGAAAACUGAGAUAUGGGAGUCUUGAGUUUUGCUGAAGGUUUCUGUUCUAGCAUGUGAUGGAGCUAGAAUUUGAACUUGGACAGUGGGAUACUGGAUCCUUCCUUUUUUUAUACCACAGAGUUUAUUUCAAAAGUGAAAUAUGGUAUUCAGCAUUUCCUCAAAUUUAUUUGACCAUGAAGGCCAUCUCCCUUCCCUUUUAGGAGCAUUUCAUGGAGUUAGUGUUUCAAAUGAUACACUUUGGAAAACAUAUAUCUUAAUCUAGCUGAGGCUCAGAGAGAUUUGGGAAAGCUUUCCAAGGUCAGGAAGCAAAAUAGUUACAAAGAUACAAUUACUGAUAAGAAUCUUCAGUUAUAAAGAAGUGGUCUGUGACCUUUGGCAAAUACCUUGGCAUCUUUUGCUUUGUAGUUAAAGAGGUAGAAAAUUAGGCAGAGAGUCACAUGUUAUAAUCAUAUUUUAACACAUUUAUGUUCAGAUAAAAAAACUGUACAUGACUGUUUGAUGGCAGUUUUAUUUAUAAUCGCCAAAAACAACACAGAGCUUUUCAGUGGGCAGAAGGUUAAACAAAAUGUGAUAUAUCCAACCAUGGAAUACUACUCAGCAAUGAAAAAGAAUAAGCUAUGGAUACCUACAACAACUUAGAUGAAUUCCAGCCAAUUACGCUAAAUGAAAGAGCCACUACCAAAAGGAUUUAUACCAUAUGGCUCCAUUUAUGGAACAUUCUUGAAAUGACAAAAUUAUAGAAAUGGAGAACAGAUUGGUAGUUUCUAGAAUUUAAAGGGAGACAGUUGCAGAGGACAGAACUGUGUGAGGCUAUAAAAGGGCAACAUAAGGAAUCCUUGUGAUGAUGGAAAUGUUCUAUGUUCUGACUAUGUCAAUGCCAGUGUAUUGGGAGAUACUGUACUAUAGUUCUCCAGCUGUAGUUACUAUUGAAAGAAAUUGGGUAAAAGGACACAUUAGAAUCUCUGUAUGUGAGUAUACAAUUUUCUCAAAAUAAAAAUAAAAGGUUAAUUAAAUAAA